AUGUCGUUCUUUAACCAGCAGGAGUACCUGCAGAACACCAAGACGAGGAAGAACAACAACGCGCAGGGAGAAAUGCAGGUCAAAGACAGCGCGCCCCUCUUCGCGACCUCACCCGAGAGACGCCACGCUCUACGCAAGCUCGCGGACAUCCCUGAGGCAACCCCUGGACCGAACGCUUUUGCUCAGCAAGAGGCUCAUCUGCAUCGCUACCGGCUCGACAGCAACGCCUUCUACCAGCAGGAGAUGCAGAGACGUCUUGCCACGCCACCCACCAUCCCGCACCCUGCUCUGCGGCAGAGAAGCGCGUCUGACCCGCCAACGCCUCCACGCAUGUCUACCUGUACGACCAUGUCACCAUUCAUCGAUGCUGGCAAGCCGGAGAAAUCGCCACCGCUCAAGCUCGUGCCGUCCGACGACUACCUCGCUGAGCCCACCGAGCGCGGCUACAUCGAAGAGCGGCGCGAGCAGAUCCUGCACGAGAAGUCUGGCAAUGAGGGACAGCGCACGCCGGUAUUCGUCUCCACGUCGACCUUCUCAAAAUCGGUCGGUACACCAAGGGAGCGCACCGAGAAGAAAAAGGAGGUGACCAUCGCCGAGCCACCUGUGAACAGUGCGAAGACGCCCAAGCGUUCCAUCCUUGAGAAGCUGCGUCUCAACACCAAUUUCCGCAACACGCCGUCCUCCAUCCCGACCGCUACGUAUGCUGUACCAGCUGCAACAGAGGCGAAGGAUCACGUGCCGGUGAAAGCGCAAGCUAUACUGGGAACAACGUCGCCAUCGAAGAAGAGUCGCACCAGCUUCGGCUCGUCGCCUUCAAAGUCAAACAUCCCGCGCUCGCCAUCUAAGCGCAAAGGUCUCUUCAGCCGCAAGACUUCUGGGCUGGGGGAGAGCGUGACCUCACGCUCGAAGUCUGCCCUUAGCAGCCGCUCGGUUGAGUCCGAUCACCCACCACCCACAGCCAGCACGGCGGGCAAGACGCCGCCGACCGCUUUCUCAGACCCAACGCACUACAGCUACAGCGGGAAAAGCACACGCAUCGCUUCGCAGCCGCACUCCUCCACUGGGCUGGGUAUCAAUAAAUGCUCCAUCGCUCGCUCGCAGAGCCUCAAGUACUUUGACACUGGCAUCCCACCCACACCGCCGUCGAAAGACACGCCACCAGAAGAGAAGGCGAAGCGUGAGCCUCAGCUGAAGAGUAAGUCCUCCCGCCUGCCGUUCCACGAUGAGCAGGUCACGACGCCUUCAAAAGAGCAGCUUGGCUUCGUCAGCACCAACGAACGUCUGAGCCCGACCAAAUUCGGCAGCUAUGGCAACCGUGAGGUCCCGAAGUUGGUAACGAUGCCGAGCAUGUACUCGCUGCACGCUUCCGUGGUGCCUACUCUGCACGAUGCGAGCACUUUCGAGGAGAUGAAGGCGCGUAUGGAUGGCUUGGCUCUGGAAGGCUUCAGCUUGCCGCCGGAGAACAUGCGGGGACCGAAGCAGGGCAUCGUCUACUCGCCUAGCAUCUACUCGACUGAGUGGGGUGAGCGUCCGAAUAGCGUGCUCAUUCAUGCCGCGUCGCCGUCGCAUCAGGCUGCUGCUCGCCAUACCAAGAAGUAUUCGGAUAAGAGUAAGAGUUCAUCCAGCGGCGGCGACAUUCCGAUCGUCUAUCCAGAGUUGGCGAAGGAUCCAUCGUACAGCGACAUCACUCCUGGCGCCCUUCACGCAAAGAAAGGUCGUGGCCGCGAGCAAUCCGAAGCCACGCUUCCAGUCCACGGCUGCACGCAUUCCCGCGACCACAGCUGCGACUCCCGCGCUUCUCGUGAGUCCGCAAUCUUCGCACACGGUGUGGAAGAGGAUGCCGAUAAGCACUCGCCAACCUACGGCUCCCCGUCGUCUUUCAGCCAUGCCAGCGCCGCUCCAUCACCACUGCACAUCCUCCCAGCGACCACCUACAGUCCCCCACCGCGCAAGAACAGCAAAGCACACCUCCUCACCCCCGAGCCAGCCAACCGCAGCCUCAACGGCAAAGACGGUCUACAUAUCUCCACCCCUGGCUCCCGCAACAACCUCUUCACUAACGCCCCCACCCUCCCGGCCUCCUCGCCCACCCGCCCACCAAGCCCACUCCGCCACACCGAGAGCCCAGCAGCCGGGCUGCGCAACAGCUACACCGGCGCUGACACCAACGUGGAUCCGGAGAAACCUUCCCCACCAAAGAAGGAGAAGAAGAAGGAUGAAGAGCCAACAGACAAAAUCGACAAGAUGCUCGAACUCCUCGCCAACCUCAACACGCGCAACAACGAAAUCAUCAACAUCCGGGAUGAGAUGCGGGCUUCGAACAUGCGGUUGGGAGAGAGGUUGGCGGUUGUGGAGAAGGAGCGGGUGGGGUCGCCUGUUUCGUCUUUGGGGGGUUCUGAAGGUAGCGGUCCUGGGUUUGGUGUGAGGAAUGAGAAGGUAAGGGAGGGGAAGAGGGUUAGUACGGCUGUGGCGGAGGAGUUUUAUCGUGGGGGGAUCGUGCAGGAGCAGGAGGAGAGUGAGGAUGGGGAGAGUGAGGGAGAUGAGGGUGAGGGGAGGAAGAGGGCGGAUACGAUCGCGGAGUUGCGGGAGACGAACGAGCGGUUGUUGGAGAUGGUUAGUGGGUUUGCGGAGAGGAUCAAGAGCUUGGAGGGGAGGAAGGGGAGGAGUUGA